AGCAAUGAAAUCAAUUUUGGUGGUGAGCGUAGUUUGCCUGCUUGCUUAUGCGAAUGGCAGCUACAUGACCAAGGACGUGAAAUAUGGCGAUGAGUCUUUCCUGGUGAAACAGAAAGCUAUUCUGGAGGUCCUUCAGCAUGUUCAUCAAGCUGAACUGCAUACUUCUUUGUGGGAGGAAUCUAAAAAGAUCAACAUCGAAGAUUAUCAGAAUAACUACACCAACGAGGAAGCAGUGAAGGAAUUUCUGCAACUCUAUAAACAUGGAAUGCUUCCCAUGGAGGAGAUCUACUCGCUCCACAACGAGUAUCAACGUAAAGAAGUGAUUGCAUUGUUUCAUCUAUUCUACUACGCCCAAGAUUGGGAUACUUUCUAUAAGACCAUGAUUUGGGCUCGAUUUAACGUCAAUGAGGGUAUGUUCGUGUACGCUUUGACUGUUGCCGUUCUGCACCGUAGUGACAUGGUAGGAAUAGUACUGCCGGCUCCGUAUGAGAUCUAUCCUUUCUAUUUCUUCAAUGAUGUCGUCAUCAGCAAGGCCCAACGUUACAAGAUGCAAGGCUUCUACAAGAUGAAGAAGAUUAAUGACGUCUAUACGGCUUACAUUCCAAGCAACUACACCGGAUUUUAUAUCCAUACUGGCCCUGAACAACGCGUUGGCUACUUCACCGAAGAUAUUGGCCUCAACUCGUAUUAUUACUAUUUCCACGCGGACUACCCAUUCUGGAUGGGUGGGAAGGAGUUCGGACUCUACAAAGAUCGUCGUGGUGAAUUCUUCCUUUUCCAGCACCAACAAUUGCUGGCGCGGUACUAUCUCGAACGUCUGUCAAACAACCUCGGGGACAUCCCUCCAUUUUCCUGGCACAAAUCGAUCACCACCGGUUAUUAUCCGUACCUUCAUUAUUACAACGGGAUUCCGUUCCCAGUUCGCGAUAACUACUACAGUGCAUCGGUCGACAAGAGUUACGUCGUGGAGCAGAUCAUGGAUUUUGAACACCGUAUCUUGGAAACCAUCGACUACGGAUUUAUCCUGCAGCCGGAUGGAAGUUAUGUGAACAUUUCCUCUCCCUCUGGAAUUGAAUACUUGGGAAACCUGAUCCAAGCGAAUGGUGACAGUGUUAACACACGCUUUUACGGCCCUCUGGAAAUUUUAUCCAAACACUUCCUCGGAGGAAAUAUCAAGCUGCACAACGAAUACCGAGCUAUCCCAUCCGUGCUGGAGAAGUUCGAAACCAGCCUACGUGACCCCAUGUUUUAUCAGCUUUACAAACACAUUGUGGAAUAUUACUAUCGGUUCUUGAACUUCCUACCCUCCUACACAACGAAAGAGCUGGACUUUCCAGGCGUCAAAAUCGAAACCAUCGAGAUGGACAAACUGGUAACCUACUUCGAUAAGUUCGACGCUGACAUCACCAAUGCCGUCGAUGUGGACGUGUUCGACGCAACCACUAUGAAGGAACCUAAUCAGGAAAAAGAUUUCGUCAUUUACGCUCGUAUGCCUCGCCUGAAUCAUCUUCCCUUCACCUUCAAACUUAACGUCCUUUCGGACAAAGCCCAGAAAGCCACCGUCUUCGUUUACCUGGGUCCCAAGUAUGAUCAGUAUGGCAAUAGCUACGGAGUCGAUGCCAAUCGAGAAAACUUCUUCGAGUUGGACCACUUCCUGAUCGAUCUGGUCCCCGGCAAAAACGUCAUCACGCGCAACUCGCUGGACUUCAGCUGGUUCGUCAAGGAUCGCACAACCUACUUCGAACUGUACCAACAGGUCAUGAAGGCCAUCAACGGCAACGGAAAGUUCCCAUUGGAUAUGUCCGAAGCACACUGCGGCUUCCCGGCCAGACUGAUGCUGCCCAAGGGCAAGAAAGGCGGCAUGCCAUUCCAGUUCUUCUUCAUGGUAGCCCCCUACUACAAACCCAGCGUCAAACAAUUUACAGGUUUCGAUCCUACCCUGUCUUGCGGAGUUGGAUCAGGUGCCCGGUACCUGGACGUCCUACCAUUCGGUUACCCCUUCGACCGCAAAAUCGACGAAAGUGUCUGGUUCACACCGAACAUGAAGUACUACGACACCCUCAUCUAUCACAAGAGUGAAACCGAAAUCACCCCGGCCGUGUCGUAAGAAGCCUUUCUAUACCGAAUGUCCAUCCUGCACAGAAAGAAAAAACCUCAUUCAAUAAAUUGCAUUGCAUUCCAUUAUCGACUCUCGGCUCUGGAAAUGCCAACAAUUAAAUCAAA